GAAGGAUCUAUCAUUAAAGAUGCCAAUCAAUCCUCGUGUCUUCUUUGACAUUGAUAUUGAUGGUCAGAGAAUUGGUAGAGUGAUUUUCGAACUUUUUGCUGAUGAAGUACCCAAAACUGCUGAAAACUUUCGAGCUUUAUGUACAGGUGAACUUGGAUUAGGCAAGAUCAGCAACAUGCCUCUUCACUUUAGAGGAUCUAUCUUCCAUAGAGUUAUCAAAGGGUUUAUGAUUCAAGGGGGUGACUUUACAAGACGUAAUGGCUCUGGUGGUGAAAGUAUUUAUGGUGCAACAUUUUCUGACGAAUCAUUUGCUAGGAAACAUACAACAGAAGGGUUACUCAGUAUGGCCAAUCGUGGUCCCAACACUCAAUCUUCUCAAUUCUUUAUCACUACUCGUCCUACACCUCAUUUGGAUGGCAAACAUGUUGUAUUUGGUCGGGUGGUCCAUGGUUAUGAUAUUGUUCAAAUGGUAGAAAGUGAACCUGUGGAUGAGCGAAGCAAACCUUUACGUACUGUUAUGAUUGCUAACUCUGGUGAACUGGAACUUCGACUUCCUCAAGGAAACAAGGUUGAAACUCUGUCAAAAAAACGAUCAAGAUCAACUUCUGUUACUUCUCAACAAUCAGAUGAAUCAAUCAAUAGCAAAUCAUCUGUCGAUUCAUUUGAUUCUGAAGAGGAAGAAGAAAGAAAACGUCGUCGACAUAAGAAACACAAGAAAUCAUCCAAGAAAGAUAAGAAGAAAAAAAGCAAAAAGAAGAAAAAAAGCAAACGACGACAUCGUAGCCCAAGUGUAGACUCUUAUGAAAGCGAUAUUACUGUGGAUGAAGACAGACAUCGACGACGACGACGACGACAUACCUCUCGAUCUCCAUCACCCGAUGUACAAGAAGAAGAACGAGGAUCUUUAGAUGGUGAUAUUCCUAUUCAAAAAUCCGUGUCUCGCUCACCAUCUCACCACGUACAAUCUCGAUCAAGGUCUCCUGAUCAAAAGCAUAAUGAUCAUUCUAGAUCAAGUUCAAGGCGAUAUACCCGACGACAUAGCCGUUCUGUAUCACCUUACGAUCGACGACGACGAUACAGUUAUGAUGAAUUGGAUGAUCGUAGAGAAGAAGAAAAACCGGAUUGGGAACGACAACGAAGAUUUCCAGAUGAUCCAGAUGUUCACUUCAAAGGCCGUGGAAAAAAGAAGUACAAGCCUUCCGGUGGUGGCAUGCGUGCGUUUUAGAUUAUUUAAAUUGAUCUUUCCCCUUUAAAUAGAAUGCAUGAUUUAGUUUAAUUGAUAUGUAGACAUCCUCUUUUUUUUUUUUUUUUUUAUGAAAUAAACCAG